CUUCCCACCUGGACCACCAGGCAUUGUUCGGGGAUUUUUCUCGCGCGUUAUUGGGCGCAAAGACCGGCAACUUUGUAAAUUCCAGUUUUCGUUUGUCAGCGUGGACGGAAUCGCAAAGACUCGCGCCUCGCGGCUUCGCGUCCGGGGCAACUGCAACACGUUCACGACAGCGUCGCAAUGUUCGGCCCGGAGUUAGCAAGACUGCCGAAGGCUCACCAUAAGACGAGCAGUGCGAUGGGAGGUCAAGGCUGGAGAAGCUGCUGAGUACUUAAGAUGACGACCUACCCAGACUCGGGCUUAUGCGUGUCAGAUGUUCCUACGAUCCAGCCACUGUCAAGGCAAAUAAAGCGACAGAUGCUGCCAGAGCGUACUUGCUCUUCACCUUUUCCACGUCCCUUGCACUGAAAUCGCAGUUACACUUGUCUCGCUCUCACAAUGAGCUCCCCUUCCUCCUCCGACAAGAGCGUCGCCAUCGUCGGCGCCGGGCUGGCCGGCCUCACGCUCGCCCUCGCCCUGCACCAGCAGAACGUGCCCGCCGUCGUCUACGAGUCGCGCGCCGCCCCGCUCAACAUUGGCGGCGCCGUCAUGCUCUCGCCCAACGCCCUCCGGAUCCUCGACGACCUCGGGCUGUACGACCUCAUCAAGCCCAAGGGCUACCACUUUGACCUCCUCGAGUACCGCGACCUCGACGGCAGGCUCGUCGACACGUAUGAGUUUGGCGGGAACGCCAAGUACGGCUACCCGGGGCUGCGCAUCUACCGCCACGUCCUUAUCGACGCGCUCGUCGCGGCCCUCGCGCGGGCGGGCGUCUCCGUGCGAUACGGCAGGAAGUUCUCCCACGUGGUGCGCGACACGCCGCAGGGGGUUGCGUUCGCCUUCGUCGAUGGGACGACGGAGGAAACGUCCCUGCUGGUGGGCGCCGACGGCAUCCAUUCCACCGUGCGCGGACAUCUUUACCCGGGCCUGCAGACCACCUUCAUCGGCAUGGCCGGCAUCACUGCGGCGGUGCCGACCGCGCAGCUCGAGCUGCCGCCCGGCUACCACCUCCCCGUCACCAUCAUGUCGCGCGAAAAGGGCGCCUUCGUCAUCGCGCCGCAAGAGCCCGACGGCUCCGAGGUGCUCAUCGGCAAGCAGAUGCGCGUCGCCGCGGGCACCGACGGGCGACCGGGUUGGGAUCGAGACUUUGUCAACGACAAGGAGUCGGCCGUCGCCUUCUUGCAGGGCGGCAACGACGCGUUCCCCGCCUUUGUGAAGAAUGCCGUUUCGAAAAUCGACGCCCGCAAGGUCAACAAGUGGCCGUUCUUCGUGGUCCCGAGGCUGGAGCGGUGGACGUCCGAGACUCGCAAGGUCAUCAUCGUCGGGGACGCCGCGCACGCCAUCCCGCCGUCGGCCGGACAGGGCAUCAACCAGGCGUUUGAGGAUGUCUACAUGCUGGCGCUCCUGCUCGGCCAGCGGAGGGGGGCGGUGGUAGACAUGCCGGAGGCGCUGACCUUUUGGCAAGACUAUCGCCAGGAGCGCGUGAACAGGGUCGUGGAGCUGAACAAGCUCAUCGACCAGAGGAGGAUGCCGGCGGAUGACGUCGCCGUGAUGGGACAGGGAGCGGAAACGAGACACGAGGAGUUUGACCUGGACUGGCUGUAUCGACCCGACUUCAAGGCCGAGGUCGAGAAAUGGCUGUCGAAACGCUGAGGCGAGUCAAGUGAGUUGUCUCGCAAUCGUUGGUUGAUCGCAUCACGGUCCUGAGACCGCUCGCCUAGCAUUGUUACCUAGCAUUUAACAGUUAGGUUUUUCUAGCAUUGUCAGGUAACAAUGCUAGGAUGGCUCAAUUUGGAAAAUACGCGCCAGUGGUUUUGUAGUAGCGUUUCUUCUCGAACAUUGCCUGUUGUGAUGCCCGUUUCAAGUUUUUUGAGUUCUGG